AUGCGUGUCCUGAGCCGGUCUAAGAGGAAGAACCGACCUCAUGGCCUCCAAGAAGCGCCUACUUAUCGCCCGACGGAAGAGGAGUGGAAGGAGCCCUUCGAGUACAUCAGGAAGAUUUCGCCCGAGGCGCGACAGUACGGCAUCUGCAAGAUUAUCCCUCCAGAGUCGUGGAACCCGGACUUUGCCAUCGACACAGAGAGGUUCCAUUUCCGCACGCGCAAACAAGAGUUAAACUCUGUCGAAGGCAGCACACGUGCGAACCUAUCCUAUCUCGAUGCCCUCGCCAAGUUCCACAAACAACAGGGAACCAACAUGACGCGGUGGCCAUAUGUCGACAAGAAGCCCCUCGAUCUCUACCGGCUGAAGAAGGCGGUCGAGGCCCGUGGCGGUUUCGAGAAGGUUUGCAAGCUCAAGAAAUGGGCCGAAAUCGGCCGUGAUUUGGGAUACAGCGGCAAGAUCAUGUCUUCCCUGUCCACUUCGUUGAAGAACUCGUAUCAGAAAUGGCUGUGCCCGUACGAGGAAUACCUGAGGAUCGCUAAACCGGGUGUGCACCAGCAGCUGGAGCUUGAGUACGGCGGCCCUCUGACACCGAGUCCUGCUCCAAGCCCCCUGAAGCGAUCCAGCGUAGCGACGCCCGCCGGCAUGGGCUCCGAGUCCCCAGCAAGGCACGCGACCGAUGCGCUGCGCGCCUCCAUUGACGGCGCUGCAAAGGACACGGAUCCGGAUGUUUCCAUGUCCGAUGCGUCGGAUUUUGUCACUCCCAAGCCAACAUCCGGCUUCACUGCUGUGAACUCGGGCGGGUUUUCCGCCAUCAACUCCGGUUUUACCAGCGUCAACCGCUCGAUAGCCUCAACCUCUGACGGGAAAGGCCCAGCCACCCCCAACGCAAACGGGACACCUGCUACUUCGACCAAGAACACGCCCGAAUUUCGCUCAUCGGCGCUUGGUCCUUCGAACCUCAAACGGCAAAUGAGCUGCGAUAGCCUCAAUUCUGCUAAGAAGGAAUCGGCCGAUGCGGAAGAUGGGGAUUCCGGGAGUCGCAGGAGCAAGAGGCUCAAGAAAGACACGGUGCCUACCGUCGCCGGUUCGCACAUGUCACUCUUCCGCUCAGCUGUGCCCAGGCUGCCCCGGGACGAGUCUGCAUCUCCCGGAGAGAAAUGCGAGCAAUGCGGCAAAGGCAGCGAGGAAGCCAGUUUUCUUCUUACCUGCGAAUCAUGCGACCACGGUUACCACGGCGCUUGCCUUGACCCCCCUCUCAAGAUCAAGCCCGAGACCGAAUGGAACUGCCCCCGGUGCUUGGUUGGUGACGGCCAAUUUGGGUUUGAGGAAGGCGGCCUGUACUCGCUGAAGCAGUUUCAGGAAAAGGCUGCCGACUUCAAGCAGCAGUACUUCUCUAACAAGAUGCCGUUCGAUCCCGUUCUUAACUGCCAUCGGCCGGUCACAGAGGACGAUGUGGAACACGAGUUUUGGCGCCUGGUUGCUGACAUCGAGGAGACCGUUACGGUGGAGUACGGGGCUGACAUUCACUGCACCACCCAUGGCUCCGGGUUCCCGACCAUCGAGAAAUUCCCUGACAACCCGUACUCGACUGACCCGUGGAAUCUCACCCUUCUCCCACUCCACCCUGAGAGUUUGUUCAGGCACAUCAAGUCCGAUAUCUCAGGCAUGACCGUUCCUUGGGUUUACGUUGGCAUGACCUUCUCGACCUUCUGCUGGCAUAACGAGGACCACUACUCCUAUUCCUCCAAUUAUCAGCACUUCGGCGCGACGAAAACAUGGUAUGGAAUCCCCGGUGAGGACGCUGAGAAAUUUGAGAACGCCAUGCGAGAGGCUGUUCCCGAGCUGUUCGAGACACAGCCGGAUCUGCUUUUCCAGUUGGUCACGCUCCUCACUCCCGAGCAGCUGCAAAAGGCAGGUGUGCGAGUCUACGCAUUGGACCAACGGGCUGGGCAUGGUGGGCUCACGAUACAGACGGCAAAAUGGCUGGCGCCCGCACUUCAAAAGGUGGAGAAACGUGAACUCUCGCAACGAGCCGACUUGGUGGCCAAGCACGAUUUCAUCGCCAAGCAUCUCGAUGCCAAACACCCAACACAACACCACCGGUGUGUAUUUGGUGGAGAAGGCGAGGACGACUGCCCCAUGAUGUUCAAGGUCGAUGACGCCGAUGUUCCGGAGGAAGAGUACGGAUGUUUCUACUGCAAAGCCUUUACCUUCCUUUCCCGGUUCAUCUGCCUUAAGACUGGCAAGGUCUUGUGCCUACUACACGCUGGAAACCACCCGUGCUGCGAUCUCCAGGAGUCGGACAGGUACCUCGGAAAGGAGCAUGCCCUCUACUACCGCAAGUCGGAUGAGGCCAUUGCCGCGACGUGUAAGAAGGUGGUCGACAAGGCUCACGUACCCGAGGCAUGGGAAGAGAAAUACGAUAGACUCCUGGACGAGGAGGCCACCCCAUCGCUCAAGACGUUGCGUAAUCUUGUUACCGAAGGCGAAAAGAUCCCAUACGACCUACCGUCCCUCCCGGUUCUGAAGGCCUUCGUCGAGCGCUGUAACCACUGGGUCGAAGAAGCCACGAACUACACAGUACGCAAACAGCAGAACCGCCGGAAGAACGAGAAGGCGUGGCAGACGGGGGCUCGCAAAUCCGUCGGCAAUGCCCAGCACGAUCAAAAGGAACGCGAGAUGCGCAACGUAGCAAACAUCUACCGUCUACUGGACGAAGCUAAGCAGAUCGGCUUCGACUGCCUGGAGAUCCCCCAACUCCAAGAACGCGCGGAUGCCAUCAAGGCUUUCCAGGAGGAUGCGAGGACGAUGAUGGAACAGCGCCCAACUCGUUCCAUCGGCGCGGUCGAAAAACUACUGGAGGAUGGACAGAGCUUCAACGUCGACAUGCCCGAAAUCGAACAGCUGACGCGUCUCCUGGACCAGCUUCAGUGGAACGAGAAGGCUAGCACCAGCCGCAACUCGUUCAUGACAUUGGAGGAUGUCAGGGCGCUUAUUGACGAGGGUCACCGACUUAACGUACCGGUGUACAAUGAUCAUCUUGCCUUCUACACCGACCAGCUAACGGCAGGCCACAUGUGGGAUAAGAAGGUUCAGGAACUGAUGAGCGCUGACUCGAUUCAUUAUCCGCAACUUCAGACCUUGGCAGACCAGGUGCAAUCCAACGCUUGGCCCGUUUGCCCGAAAACAAUGGCCGCCGUGGACCAGAUUCUCCACAAGCAGCGCGAAGCACACCGGCAGAUCAUGGAUCUGAACGAGCGUACUCAGGAGCCCGAUUACCGGAAGAGGCCCAAGUAUGCAGAAGUCGCAGAAGUCAUAAAGAAGAUCGAAGAGCUCCAGGCCAAGCCAACUGGGACGCAUGAGCUCGAGAAGGAGCAAAAGCGCCACGAGGACUGGAUGCGCAAGGGGAAGAAGCUCUUUGGAAAGACCAAUGCCCCGCUCCACAUCCUCAAGAGCCACAUGGAUUACGUGCUCGAUCGCAACAUCGACUGCUUCGAUAUCAUUCACGACAAGCCGCGCGUUCCGGCGGAGCCUGCCUCGAGAGAGCCGAGCGUUGAUAAGGAACAACCCAGCCGUUGGGAGGACCCAAAGUUCCGCGAGGUAUUUUGCAUUUGUCGACGCACAGAAGCCGGCAUGAUGAUCGAGUGUGAACUGUGUCACGAAUGGUACCACGGCAAAUGCCUCAAGAUUGCUCGUGGGAAGGUCAAGGAAGAUGAUAAGUACACGUGCCCGAUUUGCGACUGGCGCGUCAAAAUCCCUCGCGAUGCUGCCCGGCCAAAGUUGGAGGACCUUCUAUCUUGGCAGGACGAGAUUCCCAACUUACCAUUUCAGCCGGAAGAGGAGGAGGUGCUCAAGAAGAUAAUCGACAAUGCGACCGACUUCCGCAACCAUAUCAGCGCGUACUGCAACCCGAUCAUGGCCACGGCUUCCGAAGCGGAGGCUCAGCGGUUUUACCUCCGCAAGAUCGAAGGCGCCGAGAUCCUUUUGGCAUUCGAGACCAACUUUUUCCGGCAGGAGUUGCACAAGUGGAGCCCGGUUGCUCCGGAACCGCCCCCGGUUCUUGAGGUAUCCAAGAGCACCCGCAAGCCGCGACCGACCAAGUUGCAAAAGAUGUUGGCUCAGUAUGGCGUGGAGGAUCCUGACGAUCUGCCCGAGGACGUCAAGGGUAAAGCGAACAGCUUGAAACGCAAAGCCCUGAACGCCGAGGCCGCAGCGGCGGCCGCCUCUGCCCCGUCGGGCUCCAUCAUGAUGGUCGGGAGUCCCGGGUACCCAUCGCCCCAUUCCUUCUAUCCACGGAACUCCUCCGCCCAGCCCACAACCCCGGGCCUCUCGAAUAAUGCGCACUCUCACUCGUCGGGGGGCGCCGAAGGGUCGUCAUCGCACAACCAGCAAGGCCCGGCCGGCGCGGGCUCGAUUCUACGGGCCGACUCCAUGGAGAUUGACCCGUCCUCCAGCCAUCCGGGCCUCUUCCUCCGCGACGGUACCGGGCCCGGCCCGCAGCUGCUCGUGUCCGGCGACUCGACCCACGAUCUCGAAGAGCGCCUACUCCGCGGUACCUUUGACGACGAGGAGCUCAACGCACACCUCUCGACGGACCACGGCCGCGCUAGGGUUCUCGAGAUCCUGUCGCGCACCGACACCGGCCGACGCCGAGCGGAGGAGAUAUUUGGACCGGGGGCGCGCAGUGGCGACCGCAGCCGUGACGGCCCGUCGAGUGCGGCGCGGGAUAAUGACCCUAUUGGGAUUGGGGUUGGGAAUGAGGGGGAUGGGGAUGAUAGCAUGUUUGUGGAGCUGGUGAACCAGGACGAUGAUGAGGACGGCGAUCAUCAUCACCGUAAGAAGGCGGCGGCUGAUCACCACCACCACCCGUCGAAUGCGGCCGAGAUCCUGGAGGACCGUGGCGAGGCGGCGUCAUGGAUGGAUGCCCCGAAGGAAUCUUAG